AUGGCGCCCAAGUCGUCCAUGAUGAGAAGACUGAAUGAUGAUUCGCCAAGUAGAAUUCUACUUCAGAGAGGAGGAGUGAGUGCUGCUGCUGCUUCUCCAACCACCACCACCACUUCCUCCUCCGCCACCACCACCACCACCACCACCUCGGAAACACAACGUGUGUUGUUGCAAAAGAGUACAACACCUCCUCCUCCCACAGUUUUGAAAAGAAUUUCAUCGUCCAGCAGGAAAUCAUCAGCGAUGAUGAUGGAAGAAGGAUCAAAGAGAAAGAGAUCAUCAUCUGGGAGUAGACAACCACCAUCACCUUCAAUGGAUAAAACACCUCCUCCUACUACUCUUAUUCCAUCACGACAAAGAUCUUCACGCAAGAAUGUGCCUACUCGACGAGAACAGGAUGAUUCAUCCAAUUCCGAUCCAUACCACCAUCACUCAUCGAGUGAAGAGUUUGAGGAAUCUCUUCUUGUUUCUGAAAGGAGAAAAAAGCUCAGGACAUUACCAACAUUUGAUGAAGGUACUGCCACCAAUUCUUCAAACGAUGGUGAUCUUCUCAUCAUGAAUGAUCUUGGACAAAACGUAAGCAAAAGAAGAAGAGAAAAACGAGCGCAAUUAAUGACCAUCGAAGAAUCAGAAAAAGCAGGCACACCAAAGCAUCAAGAAUUCUUGUCUGAUACAAAAGAGUCUGUGCAGCAGUCAGUGAAAAAAGCAUCCCUUAUAAUUAGAGGACGAUCCAGAAGGUUGAAGAACUUUAAGGAUUCUCAAAACGAGCUUGUGAAACAGGUGAAAAUGUCCUUAUCCAUUCAAUCGUUUUGCACAGCACCAGCUCAAUAA